CCCAGGAUGGAGCUAUCGGACCUUCCAAAUGAAAUUCUGGAGAAAAUCUUCACCUUUCUCCCGGUGGAUGAGCUCGUAACCGUUUCGCUCGUUUGUAGCAGCUGGUGUGAUGUAAUCCGGACCUUCGUCCUACCGAAGCAAGCCAUGCUGCACGUUCGUCCUGUUCAUCCCGUUACCCACCAGCUGAUUGCUAUGGAGACGGUGUUAAAGGAGCAAUCUGUUAAACCGUAUCCGUGGACGAACGUGAAAAUAACUAUUCCGAACGAGGAGCUUCCUCGUAGUUCCGAGUAUGUGCAGUUCUUUCAGUACCAAGGACAUGCACUUAAAUCACUCAGCCUGCAAUGCAUCCAACUAUCGUCGGACAUCCUGGAGGUGUUCCGUACCCUGGGCAACCUCGAAAGUCUCUGCAUCGUUAGUGAAUCGGAAUCCCUGUACGGUACAGUUGCUGCGAACGUGGAAAUGGCACUAACCUCACUGAAAGCCCUAAAGCACCUUCGACUGCAUUUACCCUCGUACACCAUCCUGCGCAGUGUUGCCUUUCUGAGUGGGGCACGGCUCGUUUCUUUGUCGCUCGAACGGUUCGAGAUGGAGCUGCAUCACUUGAAACCGCUGCUGGACGACCAUCACCGUACGUUACGCGAGCUGACCGUCCGUGUGGAGGAAAUGAAGCCUUUACUGACGCUGUUGAACUCCUACGGAGAGCUGAAGCUGUACCGACUUAAUCUGAAAAGUGCCGGCAAUGAGGAUGAUUUUUCCGAUGGAUUGAUACAGCUGUACGAGAGACAACCGCAGCUACGGUCACUUACGAUCGGGUCAGAGUUAUCCUUGCGAGCUGUUGAUGCAUUGCCGAAGAAACUGCACCACCUGCAGGAACUGGAAAUCAUUGCGGAAAGCAUCAACAACUGUAAAGCGCUCAGCGAGCUGCGACAUCUGCGACGACUUACCAUGUGUCUGUACGAUGUGCGUGCAUGGGAUGAAACGGUGCAGAUUGCCGGUGUGACGGAACUAUCGCUGGCGGUAACAUUUCCACUCAUUUCACCGGCCAUAUUUUGCUCCUUUCCCAACCUGCAUCGAUUGUAUCUGGAGGAUGUGGACGAUGAUACACUGAUGCGUGACAUCGUUGUCGUUCGUACACUGAUGGAGUCGAUGCGGGGUGUGCGGGUGCUCGAUCUGGAAAACUUUGUCUUUAAGGAGCGCGAAAUACUGAACGACGGUGUGUUGCGGUUCGAAGAGAUGGAAAACUUGGAAUGUUUGAAGUACAGUUGCCGUGACAUGUCGGAUGCAUCGCUGCUCACUAUGAGUUUACCGAAUCUACGCGAGCUUUAUCUAACGCACUGUCCGAAUGUGACGUUCAAGGGAAUGUCCUUUCUCGUCGGCAACUGUCCACUAAUCGAACGGUUGCAUCUCGAAUCGAACAAACGAGGGCUGGAUGAUGAUGCGCUGGAGCUGGCAACACGCAAACUGACCCAUCUCAGGAGGUUGGUUUUGGUGAAUCUGCGAGCCCUUACGAACGUUUCCGUGGAUACGAUCGUGGCCAAUUGUUUCUAUCUUGUAGAUUUGACCAUUACGCACUGUAUCGGGAUCACUCUGGAGAAGGCCGACGCCAUCGAAAAACUGUCGGUUGUGAAAUCUUUGAAAAAUUUAGUUUAUAGUUAA